AUGUCUCAUCCAUCCUUUCCAACUCACGGGGCUCAAAACCCCGUCCGGAUUUCCUACCGAGACCUCUUGGAAGCCAUAAUAUUCAAUCUUCAGACUGCCCAUCCGCGAGGUUUUUCACCCCCGAACGAGCGCGAUUAUCUACAUCAUAUCACGCAGACAAGCUUUUAUCAGAAGUUUCCUUGGGUCGACUGCACAGAUAACUAUGUUGCCAUGCGGGACCACACAGGUGGUUCAAUGGGCGAUCUUUUCAGUAUUUGCUCUGAUCCGGAGCCACCCAUCGAUGAUCAAAGAUUGUACUAUCGGAUACCCGAUUCUUAUACACCUCCAGUGUUCAGGUUUGAAGAGCAUUCGUUGGUCGACACUCUGUACAAGAUGGCCAAAGCACACCAGCGAACAAAGUGCCGCCCGGACGAUAUGGUUUCAUCAUACCCUGAACUCAUCGAUAUCGACAUAGUUCCAGACGACAAGAUGGCCAAAGCACACCACCGAACAAAGUCCCUCCCGAAUGAUAUGGUUUCAUACCCUGAACUCAUCGAUAUCCACAUAGUUCCGGACGACAAGAUCGCCAUUGCUGAAGAUCUAUCGCGUCUCACCGUGAAUGAUCCAAUGGACAUAAAGAAGCUGAAAGCCAAGAGUCUGGAUGAGCCAGAAGCAGAAUUUUUAACCGUACAAGCAGGCCUAGAUUAUCUGCAUGCCAUCAGAAACGGCCCAACCAACAAGAUUGGGACUGAUGGGUACAAUCGUAUUACCAAGUUUCGCACUGCCGAGGGUGUCGAGCAGCCGGAGACAGGCUCUAUCGAUCCGCCCUGCUUUAUUCCCUACAAUGAGCUUGCGGACCUUAGAACGCAGCCACAAGGAAGUCCCGGAUACUUGAGCCAGUGGGAACAAUACAACAGAUCCCCUGAGACCCGUCCUGUCGUUAUAUGCGGCAACAUCGAGCUUCUCAACCCUUCACAUCACCGCAACCUAAAGUUUGACCCCGAAGAAAAAUUGCCAUUCCCUGCAACCGUUCGCAACCCAAUGGGAUGCUACCAGUUUGUUUUCCAUCCAAAUUGGGAAUUUCAAACUCCCGAGGUGAUCGAGGGACAAGACAAGGAAUGGCUAUUCCACCGCUGGCUGUCACGCCUUCCGGAAACAGCCCAGCCGCAGGACAUUUUCCAUCAUGCGUUCUUCGACGGAACGGCCAGUGCCGAUGGUGGCUGUGGGUUCAUGAUCCAGGGGAUUCAUCACAUCGAAACGCCACGAGACAUGUCUGAUAAUGAGACUCGCCGUCACUGGCACGAAACUGCAGCUGGGUAUGCUGCCGAUAUUAUUAUUUUGAAAAAGCUCUGGUCUAUCCAGAGAGAUUCCAAAAGGUACGACAAGAUUAUGGAUGAGUUUGUCAAGGCCUACGACAUAAUUGUGGAGGAGUUCGCCCAGGACUAG